CGACGAUCCAUUGCUGACCUGCGAAGAGAAACACCUCAUCAUUAUUAUCUUCUUUCUCUCUGUUUUUCUUUUUUAUUUUAAAUUUAAAUUCCAAAAGCUCCUCAUUAGAGCAGAGAGACUGUAAUGAUCGUCUCCAAAAUAUCAAUUGUUUCAAUUUAAAUUCUUCCUUUUCUAUUUGUUCUCUCAAAAUUCUUUUUGAUAAUCAGAAGCAAAAUCCAUAAACUCGAAGCAAUUAAGCAAAGAACAGAUAAUCAUCGGUUGUUUUAUCUUUUUCUCACUGGGUAUAACACAGAAUAAUCGCGAUGGGUCUGCGAGAGAAGUUAGGAGCUUUCAUCACCAAUAGAUGGCUGGUUUUUGUGGCGGCAAUGUGGAUACAGUCCGUCGCCGGUGUUGGUUACUUGUUCGGCAGCAUAUCGCCGGUGAUUAAGAGUUCAUUGAACUAUAAUCAGAAACAGGUUGCCAGGCUCGGUGUUGCUAAGGAUCUCGGAGACAGUGUCGGGUUUUUGGCUGGGAGCUUAUGCGAGGUUUUGCCUCUAUGGGGUGCUUUGCUUGUCGGAGCUUUUCAGAAUUUUGUUGGAUAUGGUUGGGUUUGGCUGGUCGUAACUGGUCGAGCUCCGGUUUUGCCUUUGUGGGCAAUGUGCAUUCUUAUAUUUGUGGGAAAUAAUGGUGAAACCUACUUCAAUACUGCUGCUUUAGUUUCUUGCGUUCAAAACUUUCCGAAAAGCCGAGGUCCUGUUGUGGGAAUAUUGAAGGGCUUUGCUGGGCUAGGAGGGGCAAUUUUGACUCAGAUAUAUGCCAUGAUCCAUUCCCCUGAUCAUGCAUCUCUUAUAUUCAUGGUUGCAGUUGGGCCAACAAUGGUAGUUAUUGGUCUAAUGUUCAUUAUAAGACCAGUUGGAGGUCACAGACAAAUCCGGCCUUCAGACGGAACAAGCUUUACUUUUGUUUAUAGCGUGUGCCUUCUGUUGGCUGCUUACCUGAUGGGGGUUAUGCUUGUCGAAGAUCUAGUUGAGUUGAGCCACAAAGUGAUCAUAAUUUUCACAGUUAUUUUAUUCAUCCUCCUAAUAAUUCCCAUUGUGAUUCCUCUCUCGUUGAGUUUUUUCUUGGACCCAAUAGAUGCAUCAGAAGAACCUCUUCUGCCCAAGGAACAAAAAGAAGAAGCAGGCAAGUCAGAACCAGAUGGCCAUGAGGUGAUAUUAAGUGAGCUCGAGGACGAGAAACUUAAGGAAGUAGACUUGCUUCCAGCAUCAGAGAGGCAGAAACGAAUUGCUCAGUUGCAAGCAAAACUAUUCCAAGCAGCUGCAGAAGGUGCAGUGAGGGUCAAGAGGAGACGAGGUCCACAUAGAGGGGAAGAUUUUACAUUGAUGCAGGCUUUGAUCAAGGCUGAUUUUUGGCUUAUCUUUGUUUCACUUCUAUUGGGUUCCGGAUCUGGGUUAACAGUGAUUGAUAAUCUAGGUCAGAUGAGCCAGUCUCUAGGGUAUGAUAAUACACAUGUAUUUGUAUCCAUGUUUAGCAUUUGGAACUUCCUCGGCCGAAUUGGUGGAGGGUACUUCUCGGAGAUCAUAAUAAGAGACUAUGCUUAUCCAAGGCCAAUUGCAAUGGCUGUUGCCCAAUUCAUUAUGGCUAUUGGACAUAUCUUCUAUGCUUUCGGAUGGCCUGGAGCAAUGUACAUUGGCACUCUAAUGAUUGGGCUCGGCUAUGGUGCUCACUGGGCAAUUGUGCCAGCUACUGCUUCCGAGUUAUUUGGCCUGAAAAAAUUCGGAGCUUUAUACAAUUUUCUCACACUGGCAAACCCUGCAGGCUCCCUUGUCUUCUCAGGUCUGAUCGCAAGUAGUAUAUAUGACCGAGAAGCUGAGAAGCAAGAUCACCAUCGCCACCAUGUCUUCCACUACUCAGGCUCAAUCUUCUCAUCCCCGCCUGCUCUGGAUGAACCGCCUAAGUGUGAAGGAGCAGUAUGUUUCUUCUUAACUUCGAUCAUUAUGUCCGGAUUUUGCAUUAUUGCCCUUGUCUUAAGCUUGAUCCUUGUACAUCGCACUAAGAUUGUCUACUCCAACUUGUAUGGAAAACCACGCAGUUGAUGGCUGAAAAUCGAGUUUUCGUUCAUUCUAUGAAUAUGCCAUCUCACCCAUUUUUAUGGUGGUGUAUACGUAAAAUCGAACUACUAUGAUGUGUCUUAUGGUCUCAGAUUCGUCAUUAUAUGUAUUUGUAAGGAGGAUGGGGAUGAGUAUAUGUUACAAUUUAUUUUUCAAGAAACCACAAAGCCUGUCUUGUUUGUUCUUUACUUGCCAUUGUUGGUUAGGUACUAGUUAUGGAAGAUUCUGCUUUUAAUUGUUCAAUUGAUGUAUAUUCUCAACAUUUUCCUCGGACAAUCAAUCAGGGUGAUUUUUUUAGAAGAUUACUGUAAA